AUGGCGGUCUCAACACCCCAGUCUCCGGUACUGACAGACCGUGAUGGUUAUAGAUAUCAACAAUCUUCGUCAGCUGUACCAUCUCCUCAAGUAGAUCAUUAUUCAUCAUCACCUUCUAAACCUGGCAGAGAGCUGAAACCUAUUGGUAUACAUAAUGAAUCCAAUACUUGUUUCAUAAAUUCCACUUUUCAAGCUUUGAGCGCAACACCAUCUUUAGCUACAUUAUUAUCUAAUUCACCACAAUCACCAUUAUAUGUCAAUCCACAUUCAUCCUUACCUUCACCUACCGUCUCGACGAAAUUGAUACCUUCUUUACAGCCUGAGAUCCUGGAACCACCAUUAUACGACUUGGUACCUGUUACCAGAGCUUUCACCAAUAGUUUACAUAGAGCAUGGAGGAUGAAAGAAGCAGGCGGUGGUACAUAUGGAUCAGGCGAAACGUCUUCAACUAAAUCAAUGUCAUUAAAUUCUUUAUUGAGAGAAAUAGCAAGGAAAUAUGAUCAAUACGAUGAUUAUUCACAACAAGAUGCUCAUGAAUUAUUAAGGCAUUUAUUAGAUAGCAUGGAAAUGGAAGAAAAAGAUGUCAUCAAAAAAUUACAACCUCAUUUACCUAAUCUCAGUAACGAACAACAAAGAAGAAAAAGUAGAAGAUCAUCGUUGUCACAUUCACAAUCACAACCGCAAUCACAAUCACAAUCAAGGAAAAAUUCAACAAGAUCAGGUACUGUUACACCUGGUCUAGGUAUCUCAUCUAUAAGCAGUAACAGUAACAACAACAACAAUGUCAAUAACAAUAAUUUUCAUAACGGAUUGAUGGAUUUGAAACAUAUAAGUCCAUUACCUUCUCCUUUACCUUCACCCGCACAUACAAGACCUUCUUCACCUCAUCAAAGAGACGUGGAUCCGAUGGCUACAGCUAUACCUUUCAACGCCAAUGGAGAAGUGACUGGACAUGUAAUCACAGAAGAACCAAUCUUUUCGCCCAGUGAUACGCCCUUUGAAAACGGAAUGGAAAUCGUCCAGAACAUGUCUAAUGAAGAGAGAUUGAUACCCUUUGUGGACGUCUUAUUUGGAGGUUCAUUAGCGAGUGUGGUAGUUUGUGAGAAGUGUAAAGCGGUCUCUCACACAUACGAAGGUUUCCUCGACAUCUCACUUUCGCUCAAGGGAGAUGAUCCCAAACCACGUAAAAGAGACAGAUUAAAGGCGAUGGCGCGUGUUUUCCGACCCAGAAAAAGCUCUACACCUCAAACCGCUAAUUCGUCCGAUACGCACCAUUCGCAUUCGGUAGUAUCUGAAAGUGAAUUAUCUGAAAAUGAAGGUCCGAAAGAGGGGAACCGUAGGAAAAGUAUGGAAUCCGAGGAUAGAUCAAUCGCAAUUGAACCUUCGACUGGUUCAACUGGUGGAUUGUCAAGAAGUGGUUCAAUCAAUAAAGGUUUUGCUGGUAUUGCUAAAAAGUCUAGUUUCUCCUUUGGACGGAAAAAAGCUAAACCUCCCCCUGCAAGUGCUUCGCCAGUCACUAUCACUUCACCAUCUUUACCAUCUUCAAUAGAUGGGGAAAGGACUCCACCCACUUCAACACCUGGCUCACCAUCUUUACACGGUCAAGGACAUGUUUCAUCUGAUAAACGUCACGGUCAAGGUCAUCACAGUCAUCAUCGUCAUCAUCGCCAACAUGGACCUGGACCAACUCCUGCUCAAGCAGCUUAUAUCUCAAGGAUAUUAGCUCCUCCUCCAGGUACACUCGAUGUCGACGAUCCACUGGCUAGACUCCGUGCUGCAAAUUCAGGUCAAAACGUCGAAUCCUCAACGUCGACAUCUUCCAGUAAUACGCAAGAUUACGGUCUGAUAGAAGCUUUGCGAGCUUUCACUUCAGUCGAAGUAUUAGAAGGUGAAAACGCAUUUGCUUGCAAAAAAUGUUGGAAGAUCAAACAUGGACGUUAUGCAAAACAUGAAGCUACAGUAAGAGAAGAAGAUGAAGAUCAAAUUGAAAAUCUAGAUAAUAAUGAUUUAUUCCAUGCUUCAACUAGACAAUCUGUUUCUUCCACUUCAACAAUGACGUCGACGACUUCAAGAGGCACUUCACCAUUGUUGAUUGCCAGCCCAAGAGUCCAACAAGGUCCCCAGAUCUCCAUAUUAGGCUCACCGUCGUCUGAGAAAUCAAUACUUCCAUCGAACAACGAUGCGACCACAGAUGGUAGAUUAGGUAGAUCAUCUAAUAUCUCAACCUCGGCCAAAUCACCAAUGAUCAGAGCUCCAUCCCCAUUGAGAAUGCAGUUAGAGCAGCAAGAACAAAACAAGUUAGUUCAAGACAUGUCUUCAACUACAUUGUCUUCUACAUACGGUUCAGAUUCAGCUUUGACUUUGGACAGUAGCUCGACAUCACUUGACGAAUUCAGUUCUUCUCAAAAGCAGAUCAACUAUAAUGAAAAUGGUGAUGAUCAUGACGACGAUGGGUCUGAUGGAUUAUCUGAUUCAGAAACUUCCACAACGGAAGGUGAAGAUUCGAAUAAGAAUGUCAAUAAACCUAAAAUCAAAAGAAAGAAAUCAAAUCAUGCCCACGUAGUAAUGGGUAGAGCAUUUAAACGAUAUUUAAUAGCUAAAAAACCUGAAGUUAUGGUUUUUCAUUUCAAACGAUUCAAGCAGACUCAGAAAUCAAAUUACGGAUUUUCAAGUUUCUAUGAUUUGAAGAAAAUCGAUGACUUCGUUUCAUUCCCUGAGAACCUCGAUUUAGCUCCUUUCCUAGCCCCAAAUAGACAAGAUUACAAGGUCCAUCAAACCACAAAUGGACCAAAAGCGACUUAUAUGGAUUGGCCAAAUCCCGAACAAGGUCCCGAACUGGAGCCUGUAAUGUAUAGAUUGUAUGCCGUUGUGGUUCAUCUUGGAACCAUGAUAGGUGGACAUUACAUUGCAUAUUGCCUAGUCGAUCCGGAACGUAUGUUCGGUGAUAACCCCAAUCCUAACUCAACAACAGAUGAAGAUCAAGUGAACGAAGCAGAAUCCAAAACACCGACUGUCGAACCCCAUGAUCAAGAUCAUCAGAAUAGUAGGAUCAGAGCAUCGAACUCAAGUGUCAAAUCAAGCCAAAGCGGUCUGAGUGGAAUGAGUGGAUUAGAUAAUAAUAACAGCAACAAACACCAGAAAGAUAGAAGAGUCUGGUGCUUCUGUUCAGAUACAUCAAUCAGAUUGGCUAGUAUCGAAGAAGUUUUAAGUCAAAAAGCAUAUUUGUGUUUUUAUGAAAAAGUAACGCAGUGA